GUUGAACUACUCCCUUUCCUUGAUGUGUUUCUGGUCAUACAUAAUGCUGAAGUUAGGUUUCGAUUUGGCAGUUCAGAGGAACGUUCAAGGAAACUGGGAAAAGGGAGAUUUCACUGCUUGUUUCUCCACACCUACAGUAUAGACCACAUUGGACCAAGUCUGGGAUAUGGCAACUGCCAGCAGUCUGCUGUCAGAGGAGAAGUUCCUGUGUUCUGUCUGUCUGGAUGUGUUCACUAAACCAGUUACAACGCCAUGUGGACACAACUUCUGCAGUGCAUGUAUCCAGAAGUACUGGGACGGCAGUGACAUUUGCCAAUGUCCAUUAUGCAACAGGACAUUUUCUCAAAGACCUGAACUUCAAGUCAACACUUUCAUUUCUGAGUUAGCUGCUGAGUUUAAGAUGUUAGCUCAAGUUAAGGCCUCAACUCCAGACCCACACCUUCCUGGAACAGCAGACGUUCUUUGUGAUAUCUGCUCUGAGAUGAAGGAAAAUGCUGUUAAAUCUUGUCUGACAUGUCUAGUGUCUUUCUGUGAAGAGCACCUUGAGCCACAUCAGAGAGUUGCUGCUCUCAAGAGCCACACACUGUCAGACCCUGUGAAGAAUCUUGAUGACAGAAUGUGCAAGACGCACAACAAGAUAACAGAACUGUACUGCAGGACCGACAAGGCCUGCAUUUGUGCCUUGUGUUUCAAAACCGAUCACAAGAGUCACAAUGUCGUCCCGCUCGAGGAAGAAUAUGAAGCAGCGAUGGCAAAAAAAGACGAGACGAUGGCAAAUAUCCAAAAGAUGAUACAAUCACGGUCCGAGAAGAUAGCUGAGAUUGAAAACUCGGUUGAUGUCGGCCAGAGAGAAGCUGAGAAAGAAAAAGAAGCCAGUGUGCAGAUCGUCACCGACUUGAUCCGCUCCAUCCAGAGGAGCCAGGCCGAGCUUGUUGAGGCCAUCGAGGAGAGGUACAGAGCAACAAAGCAGAAGGCUGAAGGUUUUCUCACAGAACUGAGGAUGGAAGUCGCUGAGCUCGAGAGCAGAAGCGAACAGCUGGAGCAGCUGUCACAGUCUGAGGAUCACCAUCAUUUUCUCCAGAGCUUCCCAAACUUGUGCUCUCCUUUAAACAAGGACUGGGCCAACAUCGGUGUUCACAGCGAUCUGUGUUUCGAGGCGGUGAGAGGUGCUGUGACUCUACUGAAACAGAGAGUUGAUGAAAUAAUGGAGGAGCUCCCUGAGAUCAAAAUGAAAAGAAUGAGAGAACAUGCUGUCGACUUGACCUUUGACCCCGACACAGCAUUUUACUCACUUGUCAUAAGCCAGGAUGGAAAACAAGUGAUAAAUACAGACAUAGACCAGAAUCUUCCCAACAAUCCAAAGAGAUUUGAAAUGUGUUUUGAGGUUUUGGCAAAGGAGGGGUUCACGACAGGGAAGUUUUACUAUGAGGUGCAAGUGAAAGGAAAGACCAAGUGGGUUGUUGGAGUGGUCAGAGAGUCUGUUGAUAGGAAGGAGAGUGUAGCUCUGUCAGAUGAAAAUGGUUACUGGACCAUUAUGUGUGAUGAGGGUAAAUAUAGUGCAUGUACAUCGCAAACUGUUAAAAUCACACUGAAAGAAAAGCUUCAGAAGGUGGGCAUCUUUGUGGACUAUAAUAAGAGAGUGGUUUCCUUCUAUGAUGUGAAUUCCAAAUCACAUAUCUAUUCUUACAUUGGCUACAACUUUACAGAGAAACUGUAUCCAUACUUCUGCCCUCAAGAAAACGCAAAUGGAGCAAACUCUGCCCCCCUCAUCAUAACCCCUGUACCUCAAACACCCUGAGUUGGAUCCUUUUUUUUCUGUGUAAAAAAAAGGUUUACUUUUUAUGUAAUCAGAACAGUGGGAUCUGCAUUUGCAUUGAUCACAGUCCCCGUAAUAUUCAAUAUCAUAGCGCUACUUUUUGUGCAAUCUGAGCCACCGUCUGCCAUAAAUCUGCAUGUAACACUGUUUUUAUUGUGCUUUUAAACAAUUGGAACUUGCAAAGCACAACUCUCCACAUGAGAGAUUAUACAAAGUAUGUGAAUAAUAAUUGUACAUUUGUAAUAAACAAUCUGUCAUACAGUUUACCGAAGAGUGUGCCUUACCAACAAUCUUACCAUCAGAAAAAAGUAAUAAAUAUAUCAAAUAAAUAAUAAUAUUAAAUAUAUUAACCAAAAAAUAAAAAAAUAAAAAAGGGGGUGUAUGUAAACCAAUAAUACUAAUGUUGCACAGUAAUAUUGUCAGAUCCUGUUGUAUUAAAAUGGAUGAGGUUAUCAAUGGCAUUUCUAAUAAUGUUAUGUAAUGUUACUUUAUUAGGAUAUUGUGUUGCUCUGUCUUAUUUUUAUUUUUUUAAUUGUUGAAAUAAGUUUUAUGCAAUAAAGUGUAACAUUCCUACAAAA